GCCGAACAGAUCCAGACCGGAUUUUGUCUACUCCCCAGAGGCACCGCCAGCGUCUCCCGGGCUCCGUGCCUGCAGUGGGGUGUUCAAAUCUCAGCGAGGGAAGUAAAGAUUUGCAGAGGGGUGCGGGGGGAGAUGGAAGAACCGAGUCUAAUCUAGGUUGUCUGGAGAUCGGGGGUGUCAGCAGCAAACAUGCUCUGGAAUCCUACUUGUCUCUAAAAUCUCCAUGGCAACAGCACAGGCCUCUCAUGUGACCUGUGACCCUAUCAGUUUUCUCUCUGAACCUUACUCUCUUGACUCUGAGACUGACACCGACUACAACAUGGGCAGCGUGGGCAGCCUAGUGGAGAAACAAGACUUCUCACCAGCUACACUGGGAGGUCUGCGAGGGAUGCGCCAGCCAGAUGGGUUGCUCCGGAAAGGAAUGUCCCAGCAUGAAGUUUUCGGCUACUUACGUGGAGGAAAGAGAGACACUCGGGCUGAGAAGAAACACCAGUCAUCUGGUGGAGGCUUUAAACGGGAUUAUGAGAGUGACCGAGAGAAUCAGUCUCCUGAGUGGUAUUUCCGUGACAAUCAACGCGGUGCAGAUUUUUCCAAGAGCUCUCUGCCUGAACGUGGACGCUUUGAUAAGUGUCGGAUCAGGCCCUCAGCCUUCAAGGUGGUGUCUGGGAAGAGCUUUUUGUCCAUGCAGGGAUUGUCAUCAUCCAAAGGGCAGAAAUUGUCCAAGAGCAAUGGGAGUCUGCAUACACUUUUGACACAGAGCAGCACUGGUAGCUCCUCGCAACGUGGCCCGUUGCGCAGCCAUUUGUUGCACACCAUCAGCCUGGACGAAGGCUCCAAUUCCAUCCAAAGCUUUCCUACAUACAACCCUCGCUUCAAACCAGCCCCAAGCCAGUUCAGUGCUUCUGUAGGCCACAUCAAUCACAUUGGUGGUUCCUUAGACAGGGCCUCACGAGGGCCAUGGGAUCCUUUGGCUGUAGAGAAAGCACCGUUGUCCUGCAAGAGUUUGAGUCGGCUGCAAAGUUCUGGAGAACCACCUCCUCCUUAUGAGCCCACGUAUUCUCUAGAAGAUGUGGUAAAGCAACUUGAGGAUCGGCUGAGUGAGAAGGGCAUGGAACUCCGCCAGCUUACAAGGAACUUAAAUAUGAAGGAUGACCCCUUUGCGCAGAUAUUUGAAGACAAACAGCGAUUGUGGAUGGAGGAGCUGGAGGAACUGAAGCAGAUGUAUGUGGCCAAGUUGCAGCAAGUAACACAACAGGCCCAGCGCAGCCAGCGGGCACUUCAACUGCAGCUCUAUAAGGCACAGCAGGAAAAGAAGCGGCUGCAGGAAGAACUGGCACUUCAGCAGAGUCAGUGUGAAGAGUUGCGGCAACGGCAGCAGCAGGCAGAGCGCCUCAGUCCCAAGCUGGAGGAGACCAAGUGGGAGGUUUGUCAGAAGACAGCAGAGAUUUCUUUGCUGAAACAGCAGAUCCGAGAUACACAGGAAGAAAUGACCCAGAAACUAAGUGAGAUCUUCAGCUUGAAGUCCCAGCUGCGGGAGGCCCGAACCGAGCUGCAAGCCAAGGACUCACAACUGGUGCAAUUGGGGGACUCUUUCCAAGCCUUGCCAGAGCACGGUUCCCCCCUUCCUCCACGGGACUCCCCGAUGCAAGCAUGCCAGGACUUUUUGGGGUGUGAAACGGAUGACUCCAAAUGCAGGGGAAUGCAGGGAGAGAGUGCAGAAGACCCAGAGUGGUUAUGGGCAGAGCUACUGCAGGAGAAGCGCCAGGCUCAGCUGCGAGCUGCAAACUUUGAGCAGGAGCGAAAAACCUGGCAACAAGAGAAGGAGAAAGUCCUCCGCUACCAACGGGAGAUUCAGGCCAGCUACAUGGAGAUGUAUCACCGGAACCAGGACCUGGAGAGGCAGCUGAGUGAAUUUCGGCAAGCUGAACCCAGAAGUAUCCACUCGGAGUCCCCUUGGAUUGAGAGAGUUGAGUCCUCAAAGAUCUGAACAGACUAUCUGCUAAAGGCCCUGUGCUGGCACAGCAAAAGGUUGGAGAGGCCACAUUGCAUCAUGUUCUCAAAGAAUCUGGUACAGGAAGUUGUUGAACUAAAGGGCCUAUCAAUCUGGCCCAGAAGUGUACCCUUGUAACACACAUGGCAUUAGACUCUGUUUCUGUAACCGUUAUUAUUAUGGAUUUUGCAGACUGUUGCCAUUCUUGCAGUAAAAUCCCUGUAGCACAUCUAGAAUUUUUAGCCCUGUUGCCUCCUAUCUUGGAGGGCAGGAUACUUACCUGCUGCAUCCUCUCUUGUGCUCACAUUGGCACUACCAGUCAGAAUGGAAAAUCUGUUAUUGUGGGAUGCACAUGGCCAUGACUGAGGGCUGUGGCCACCGUUGUUAACACCUGAGGGGAAAAACCAAUGAGGAAUUUAAAUGUGGUUGUACCACCCUGUCCCUUCAGAGCUUGAUGCUUGGCCUGUUGUACAAAGAAGGAAAAUUUGACAGCAAACCCACCUCAGCAUGAACCCUGCCCUUUUGUUUUCUCUCCAUGCUUGUUUCCAUACUAUGCCUGGUUUUGAAGCUCCAAAUGUGACCUGAUUGUGUGUGCCUUGCAUUGUAAAUUACUGAGAACACCUUUGUGUGUUUGUCUCCAGAACAUGUGAGCAACUCAAGCAUACGAACUGGCUUUUUAGGUUGGAGAGACAAACACCCAGCAAAGGCCAGACUCCAGGGCUCAGCCACCCCAAAGGCAUGGACCAAUGCUAUGUGGGGGUUGGGCUAGUUUCUACAUGGGCAAAGACAGUAUGGGUUUAGAAGCUGUGGGUACCUUCUGUUUGGUUGCUGCUUGGUGCCCCAGUUCUGGAUUUGAAGGUUCUAGCUGGCGUUAUGAGCCGCAAAGUAGAAGCUCUUCCUGGCAACUCUUGGAAUAAAAAUCUCUUACACUU